GGCAGUGUAAAUAAAACUCCAGGAACAUGAAACGGUCGGGUGACAGUGAGAGAAAGAAGAAAAGAAAGAGACAGAAGCUUCUGCAGGAGCUUGGAGGGCAGCACAUCCCCUUCCUCUCCCCCUCGGACCCUGGAUUCCAGCAGCUGUGGGAGUCCAGUUACUCUGGGCUGGCCCUGCGGCCGGCUGGCUCCCUGCCUGCGGACCUGCACGACCGCGUCCAGACCGCCCUGCACACCCUCCAGCGCCGCGGCUGCCUGCAGCGGGACCUGGUGCGCAUCCGCGGUCGCGACGUCUUCACCGCCGUGUCCCGCGCCUUGCUGGGCCGGCCGGGCCACACCUACCGCUACCUGGGGACCCGCCUCUUCGCCAUACCCUGGCACGAGGAGGGCGAGGGGGCGGGGGAGGGGGCCUGCUGCGAUGCCGAGCUCAGACAGGCCUGCCGGUCGCUCUGGGAGCUGAACAGCUACUUCUGCGAGGACGUUGAGCGCAGGGAGACCGCGGGCCGGGAGGGCGAGAAGGACGAGGACCCCGAGGGCGGCCAGGGGACCUCGCAGGCCGAACCCCCGGAGGCGGCCCCGCCCGCGCCCCAGUUUAACAUCACUCUGCUCAACUACAUGGACCCAGCAGCCAUGAACGACCUGAAGGAGGAGCCAUACUACGGCAUGGGCAAGAUGGCAGUGAGCUGGCACCACGACGAGAACCUGUCUCCACAGUCCCCCGUGGCUGUCUACAACUACAGCUGCAAGGAUGACAAAGGUGACAAAGGUGGCAGUUCGGGGGAUAGCGACGUGGACGGGGCCAGCUGGCGUGUGGGGCUGAAGGUGGCCUGGGACAUCCACACCCCGGGCCUGGCGCUCCCCCUACGGUCCGGAGACUGUUACUACAUGAGAGAUGAUCUGAACAGGACCCACCAGCACUGCGUCUUGGCCGGGGAGACGGCGCGAUUCAGCUCCACGCACAGAGUGGCAGAGUGCUCCACGGGCACUCUGGAGUACAUCCAAAGACGCUGCCGGGAGGCUUUAGAGAACCUGCAGGCGGACCCGGACACUGGCACCAAAAGCCUGCGCUCCCUGCUGCCCUCCGCGAUCCAGCUGAGCGAGGAGAUCCACAAUGAGGUGGAGUUCGAGUGGCUACGUCAGUACUGGUUUCAGGGCCAGCGCUGUGCCAAGUUCUGCAGCUGGUGGACCAAGCCUAUGGAGCAGCUGGAGGAGUCCUGGGGACAGAUGGAAAGCAUGACGCAGCUGGUGCUGGCUGCGGCGGAGGACGAGGGGAGCACGGAUGACAGGAGGCGGGAGGUGGCUGAGACCCUGCUGAACGCCCUCACGGACAGGCAGGAGCAGAGGCAGACAUGGAGGGACAGGUGCCAGUCCAGUCUUGCCCAGACCUUACCCCCUGAGGAGGCGCCUGUCAAUCGGCCGUACUGGGGUGAGGAUGACCCCCCCAUGCCACUGCCCUUUGACCUGACUGACAUCAUCAGCAGAGUGGAGUCUCUCCUGUGGAGGCUUUGAAGGAAGACCGUGCUAGAGGCUCCCGCGGUCGCUGUUUCGGCCUAAAUGGAUUAACUGAAGAUAGAGAUCUGCUCGCCUUUAGACGAUAACUGUCAGCCCCCGAGAAGUGAGGGCAGCACACAGCAUUCGGCCCUCGCCCCGAGCCGCAGCCGCGCGUUCGGCGGGAGGAUGAGGAGGGACGGAACUCCGGCUGGGCAUCGGGGGGAGGGCGGCACCACACGUAGGGCAUUGUGCGCACUUGCUCUCUUUUUUUUAGGUCAAGCAACCACAAGUAUUACCAUGAACCUGUGCUGAAGUAGUAGAAUCGCUAUUCGAUGUUUGUUUGUAUUUUAACCCCACGUAAUGACAUAUCGCUGUUUUGAUAGCAUGAAAUUGCACAUCGCUGACUGUUCUAGCACUCUACAUAACAUUACUACUGCUCACGCCUUGGCCUGCACGGUUACGUCUUUUUCAUGGAAACUAAGUCAAGUGUUCUUCACCUUAAACCAUUGUCCUCUUUCCGCCGCAUAGUGAUUAGGUCCGACACAUAGAGGCACUGUAGAUAUUUUAUGUAAACGCCACUUAAUGAUACCUUUUCUGAUAGCCAAAACCAUUCUUAACGUUCAACAUCCCAUUUCAGAACGAAACGCUCGCUCGUUGUGAAUCCAAAUCUCAAAAAGAAAGGAAGUGGGUGGGUCUCGCACCGUUUUUUUUUUUGUUGUUGUUGUUUCCAGUCCUUGAAGUAUUGACUGCAGCUAUCUCCAGCGCAGGGUGUCUAUCAGCGCCUCGCAUGUGCCUGCCGAGGGAGCGGGCAGAGAGCCCGCGGUGGGGCUGGGAGACAUCCGCGCUGGAGACGCCGAGCGGCGCUCAUGUGCUCUGCAUUGAUGAAAGCAGCCUGGCGAUAGCGGAGCGCCCUCAUUAGCAUCCAUCGCUAAACCGGUGCUUUUUCGUAAUUACAGCUGUUUUAUCAUUUCUAAUUACACUUAAACAUGUUCAGCGCUAGUUCUGCUGUUACGCUGCAGGCAAUGUGAGAGAUCCAUUAUUUAAGAAAAGGAAGAAAAAAAAACUCUUUUUAAAAAAAGUGUAACGUGUUGAAUGUCGAAGCCAAAUGUUUUUUUUUUUUUUCGUUUUUCGUUAUUGUGACUCCCGAUGAAGUAGAAUUGCUGUAUAGUCAACUGAAUGCAAAUAAAUCUUCUAUUUUUGAAUUUUUUAUAAUGUUUAGAGUUACUAAUUAUUUUGUUAUUGCCAAAUGUGUCACUCAUUUUGUGUGUUUUCAGAGGAAUGAAAGUACGCCAGUAGUUUUCAGUUUUAGAAUUCACUGCACCCAACUCCGCAGCUUUUGAGAAGGCAUUGCAAAAGAUAUCACUGUAAAUGAAAUAAAACACAGCUUCUGG